GUCAUCAUUGAAGGCGGUCAUUGGUGCCGUAAACUCGUAGGGGUUUAAUAAUGUUAAUAACAAGAGUACUGCAAUUUCCUUGUCUGCGCUCCAUCAGAGCAAUUGGAAUAUUGAGAAACGCACAUUUUCUUCUGAAGAAUUCUUUAAGAUGUAGUCAUGCAUUAACCUGUGGAUAUAAAGCUGUUAUUUUUGAUAUGGGAGGUGUCCUCCUUCCUUCACCUUACAAACUGGCAGAAGAAUGGGAAAUCCGUAAUAAUGUUCCUGCUGGUACCAUAAAACAAGCCAUUAUAGCGGGAGGUGAAAGUGGGCCUUGGAUGAAAUAUAUGAGAGGAGAAUUAACUGCACAAGGUUUUGUGGAAGAAUUUGGAAAACUGUGUUCACGUAUUAUUGGAUUACCUGUCCCAGUUGACAGUUUUCUUGCAGACUUGACAAGCAAUGACAUGGUAAAACAGCGACCAAGUAUGACAGAGGCCAUCCAGUGCAUUCGGUCUGAAGGCCUGAAGACUGCUGUUUUAAGCAACAACUUUUUUCUGCAUAAUGGAGAAAGUUUCCUGCCCCUAGAUCGCUCACAAUUUGAUGUGAUUGUUGAGUCUUGCCUGGAGGGUGUGUGUAAACCAGACCCUCGUAUUUAUAAGCUGUGUUUAGAAAGGCUUGGUGUACAACCAAGGGAUUCAGUCUUCCUAGAUGAUAUUGGACAGAAUUUAAAGGCUGCUGCAAACAUUGGUCUUUGUGCAAUAAAGGUUGAUGAUGCCAAAGAGGCUCUUGAGCAUUUGGAAAAGCGGUUAGGAUUUCCUUUAAAAGGCUUUGUUCCCAACACACGUUCUGUAAGACCAUCAAUGGAAAUUCCGAGAGAUUCCUUAAAGAACUACUUGGAAGAUCUUUUUGGAGAGAAAUCAGAUUCUUUCAUUCUUCGACAGUUUAGUCAUGGGCAAUCCAACCCCACGUAUUAUGUCAAAUUUAAUGAGAAUGAACUAGUUCUGCGGAAAAAACCUCCUGGAAAACUGUUGCCUGCUGCUCAUGCUGUGGAACGAGAGUAUAGAAUAAUUAAAGCACUUGGUGAGUCUGAAGUUCCUGUACCCAAGGUGAUUAGCCUUUGUGAAGAUUCCAGUAUCAUUGGAACUCCAUUCUACCUCAUGGAGUACCUAACUGGGCGUAUAUUUAAGGAUGCUGCUCUUCCAGGACUGGACGCAAGGGAUCGCCAGGCUAUAUAUACUGCAAUGAACCAAGUCCUUUGUAAGAUUCACAAUGUGGACAUCCAGGCAGCUGGACUCAAUGACUAUGGGAAGCAUGGUGCUUAUGUUCAACGCCAGGUUCAGUUAUGGACCAAACAGUAUAGAUCAAGUGAAACUAAAACUAUACCGGCCAUGGAAAGACUCAUUGAGUGGCUUCCCGAGCAUGUCCCAAAAGAUCAGAAGACAACUGUUGUACAUGGAGAUUUCCGAUUAGAUAACCUAAUAUUUCAUCCGGACAAACUGAAGGUGCUUGGUAUUUUGGAUUGGGAGUUGUCUACACUUGGAGAUCCAAUCUCAGAUGUGGCCUAUAACUGUGUCCCCCAUUACCUCCCAUUGGACCUUCCAAUUCAAAAAGGCUUGAAAGGCUAUGACUUGUCUGAGCUGGGAAUUCCUACAGCAGAGGAAUAUAUUGAUCAGUACUGUAAGAAUAUGAGAAUUCCUAAGAUUGAAAACUUCUAUUUUUAUAUGGCGUUCUCCUUUUUCAGAUUCGCAGCCAUACUACAAGGGGUGUACAAGCGUUCACUCACAGGACAGGCUAGUUCAGCUAAUGCAGAAGCCGGCGGAAAGCUUGCAGAGUAUUUUGCUGAAAUAGCUUGGGACUUUGCGACAAAGGAAGGAUUUCGAGUUUUCAAUUCUCUCCCUGGAGAUAAUUCUAAAACUGCGACAAGAAAGUACAGCACUUGGAAUAGAACAAUUCCUCUAAACCAGUCCAGUAACAGAUCAUUUGGAUCUAAAGCUGUCUGUUCUUCAAGAGGAGUCCUAAUUAUUUCUCCGGAUGGACUUUCCACAGAAGUCCAGGAUGUGUACUAUAAACUUAAAGAAUUUAUAGAAGUUCAUAUUUAUCCUGUCGAGCAAGAACUUAGAAACUACCAAGUAUCUGAGAAGAGAUGGACACAUCAUCCACUUACAGAGAAGCUUAAGGAGAAGGCACAAUCACAGGGGUUGUGGAACCUUUUCUUACCUCUGGAAAGUGAUCCUGAGGGUAGAUAUGGUGCCAAGCUUACAAAUAUGGAAUAUGCCCAUCUCUGUGAGUUAAUGGGGACAUCACUCUUUGCACCAGAGAUAUUUAAUUGCUCAGCUCCAGAUACAGGAAACAUGGAAGUGCUAGUCCGCUAUGGAACUGAAGAGCAGAAAGAGCGUUGGCUGAAGCCAUUGCUAGAUGGAAAGAUCAGAUCUUGCUUUGCCAUGACUGAGCCAAAGGUUGCCUCUUCUGAUGCCACAAACAUUGAAUCUUCAAUUAAAGAAGAUGGUGACUCCUAUAUUCUAAAUGGUCAUAAAUGGUGGACAUCAGGUGCUCUGGACCCUCAUUGUAAAAUCUGUAUUUUUAUGGGGAAAACCAAUCCUGAUGCUCCUCGCCAUAAACAGCAGACUAUGAUUCUGGUUCCAAUGGACUUGCCAGGAAUAACUGUUUUAAGACCACUCACGGUCUAUGGAUUGGAGGACGCUCCUGCUGGCCAUGGAGAGAUCAUAUUUGACAAUGUUCGUGUGCCUAAAGAAAACGUAUUGCUUGGUGCCGGUAGAGGAUUUGAAAUUGCCCAGGGCAGACUUGGGCCAGGUAGAAUACACCACUGCAUGCGGCUUAUUGGAAAUGCUGAAAGGUCCUUAAGUCUCAUGAAGCAGAGAGUAAAAUCAAGGACAGCGUUUGGCAAACCUUUGGCCGAACAAGGAACUAUUAUGGCAGAUAUUGCAAAAUCCAGAGCAGAAAUUGAACAAGCCAGACUCUUGGUUCUAAAAGCUGCUCAUCUUAUGGAUACUGUAGGCAACAAGGAAGCCGCUUUAGAAAUUGCCUUAAUUAAGAUGGUCGCCCCUACAAUGGCUCAACGUGUGGUCGAUCGAGCAAUUCAGGCAUUUGGAGCUGCAGGUCUCAGCAAUGACUUUCCCCUAGCUCAGUUCCACGCUUGGGCUCGUGCUCUGCGCCUUGCAGAUGGGCCUGAUGAAGUUCACCGGACAGCUGUAGCUAAAAUGGAAUUGAAGCAUUAGAUUAGAUUAGAUGCUAUCUGUGCACAGAUCCAUCAAUUUAUGAAGAUACUUUAAUCAAGGAGUUCUAAGGAAACUGCUCAAAAAUAUUUUUACUAUCUGUGCUAUUUAAUAAUUUUAUAAAGAGAAUCUCACUUAUGUUUGUAUGUUUAUAAUUUCAAACACUUUUUAUUGAAGAAAUUGUUUAACGUACUAUUUUGAAUUAUGUGAAUGCAAAUAAAAGGAUUAAUAAGUA